AGGAUGGUGACUAGAGAGAGUGAGGAAGAGGGAGAAAGAAAGGAAGGCACAUGUGUGUUUUCACGAGCACACAACUGAGCAGGCUCCCCUCCACCCCGUCACCCCCACCCUCGUUCUCUCUCUUUUAAAUUUUUUCCCCGGUUUGCAGCCAGGCGCGUUCAGUGACAACAGCCCUGCAGAGACAAAGGGUGAAGCGCUGCGUAGAUGUUGUCAGGUAGGUAGGAAGCAGAACACUGGAAUCAAUACUAUUGUCUGUAACCUACCUGCUGCUGGGCUCCCUGUCUGGCCCCAGCAGAGACCAUCAAGGGGAGAGGGAGGGAGACAGAGAGAGAGGGAGGGAGCUGAGAGGAGAAACAGAAUCACUCUGGCUGGGAGAGAAAGGAAAAGAAGAGGCUGACUCUGAGGUGAAUACCUGUUUUAUUUGCUUUAUACAUUCCCACCCAGCAAGUUAAUGCAGAUUCAUUCAUUUCAUCUGCAACUUAUUUCACAACUCAUGCAUAUAAAGCCACUGACAGUAAUUAAAUAAGUCAUGUUAUUGACAAUGCAUGAUUAUCUUCACGCUUGUAAGUGGAUGCAUGUGGGGUUUGUUUGCAAUAUACAGCCUUUGCGAGUAAUUACGGCGCGUCCAUGCUGCUGGCGGCGGGGUCAUGUCUGUUAUAAGCUUACUUUGCACCUUUCUCAAAAGCAAAUUGAUGUAUGUUAAUAAAACAUAAUUAGUACUGUAAAAAUGGCAGCUGUCACUGUUCAGAGCGCAAAAGGUGUGCAUGCAGUCAUUGCAGAAACUUUGAGCUUCUGCAUGUUAAUGUUUGUGCUUUCCGUUUCCUUUGAUGAAAUGAAUCACCACUAUUUUUAAAAAGCAGCAAAAAGCAUCAGCAUUGCAGUUGAGACAAAUGUCUUCUGUCCACGGUGGUCUGACAUGCAGCUGCCGUAUUACUCACGUGCAACGUUAACAAAGGCAGCAUGCGAAAUCACAUCUUUGCAUUCCCAAAUCUUGGCCUGCACGCUUGUGAGGUAAAACUGUUUAAUAAAGCAUAGUUGUCAUGUACAGCAGCUUGAUUUGAUGCCGAAUAUGGUGCUGCUAGGUUCAACUUCUCUUUGCGUGUGUUUGUGUAACAUGCAAAAACAAAUGCAGAAAUAAAAAAAAAUCUUGGUUGCAUGACAGAUUUGUCACAAAUAGCACAGAUUUCACUGGCUUUUCUUUCCCCACGUUUGAACAUAUGCUGUCUUCAGCAUGUGGUUCUGUCUGUCUGCCAGUGGGUGGCAUCACCUUCAAAUGUUUCUACGCCAUGAACUGUCUUUCUUUCAUCAAUGAAAACUGACGCAAUAAUUUUCAGACGGCAUAAGAAGUCACUGUGAUACUCAUUUUUUGUUGUCUGUUUUUACAGGGGAAUAUCCGACUUUGACUGGGCCUAUUUUAUGCAGCUGUGGUUUUAUAUGAACUGAUGGUUCUUUGUUUUAGAGAUUCAUCUGCGUGAAGACACAAUAAAAAUCAUUCAAAACAUCUUAGGAUGCAUGCAUAUAGACCCUAUGUCUAAACUUAUUUAUUAAAAAUGCAGCUCUCAAGUUUCCGAAGUCGCAUAACAGUCAACACAUGUAAAGGUUAAUUUAAGUUUAAAAUUUGAUUAAUUUCUUAAACAUGAACGUGCUGUAGUUAUGAUGAAUAAUGUAUCUUUUUUGUUGUUGUCUUAACCUGUACUUUAUUUGAUUAUGUUUCGUACAUUUUAAACAACUUCCUGAGCUCACAAAACCAAAUAGACAGUUGAGUUUAAUCAAUAAAUCAUGCUCCAGAUGCCCAUGACAUUUACCAACACUUUAAAGUUAAUUGUUUCUCUUUAAUUAAUUCCUUUGCAAUGGAUUUAAUUGAUUCAUUACAGAGAUUAUUUGUCCCCUGCUUUGAAAAAUGGGCUUCACAUCUGCUUUUGCUGCAAUGCAAAGCAAAUGAUUAGCGUGGCAGAGUUAAUGUCAGUGUUCAUGCAGCAGUUGUGCUUUAAUUGAACCAUUUGGGCUCAUUUCUGAUCUGCAGCGGAGCAGGAGACCGGGCCGGUGCCGCAGCAGAAUCCAAAUGUCAGAUGAGGUCAUGUCUUUGUCUCGGCGCUGCAGCUCUGCGGUUUCCAUUAACACGUUUGAUUUCGCCGCCGGGCUUUUCUGCGCAAUAAGCUGCUGUCUUUCUAAACCUCGCGGUGUGUUUUCAUUUUACAGUAUGCCCCUCUGUCCCUGAGACCCUUAACCUGUGAGGUCAAAGCAGGUCACAGGUGAGGUCCUCGGGAACAGGGCUGCAUUCAGUUUCAACGUUUUGCGAAAUUUCAAAAUACCUGACACUUUAAUCGCAUUCCCUCUGCUCCAUGAAGAGUCAUCUGGUUCAGCCCAAAGGAAGUGUCAGACAUUGCAGCAUCACAGCUUGUGUAAUAUUACAUCAAAGCUGCAAGACUGCUCAGACUGUUUAACGCCUGUCAUGGUACAAUCAAGACUUUUUGGUUGGUGCAAGAAGAGGACAACUAUCUCCUGCAGCCCUCUAGGGGGCCAACCCUAUUGGCUGCCUUUGUGUUAUCGCCUCUGAUCCGGGGCCAAUAAGAAGACAGCCGAGGGUUGUGACCCCGUCAUAUAUGUCAACUCUGGAGAUGAAGUUUAAAUUUCUCUUCAAGCUGGAGAAGAAAAAUAUUCUUUUUUUCUUUGUGUUUUAAUAAAACAUCAACUAAAGGUAUUACCUUUGUGCCUAUGAGUUAUUUACACAACAUUCCAUAUUGUCAAGGGAAACUAAUACAAACUUUGAAAUUUACCACAUGUAGAGAUUUCCCUCUGUGAUCAGCAGGUAAAAUUAAAUUUUCUUCCCUUUUCAUUAAAUCCAUCAAAGGAAGCCGUGCUGGCACCUUGGUGGUGUGUGAGAGGUACACACCCCUGUUGAAAUGCAAACUAUGACAAAUUAUUGCAUUACAUAUUUUCCAAAUGUAUUGACAUUUUCUCUACAAUUAAACUGAAAAUGAAACGAAUCCAUUAGAAGGAAAUAAAAUAAAAAGUUGACAAAACUUGGUUGCAGAAGUGUGCUAGCUGAUAAGCUAAAAACUUUAAGCAUUUUUUGUUGUAAUUGUAUCUUUCAGACUAUCAGCAUGCUACAUCUUGACAAUGUUUUGCCACUCUCCCUUUCAAAAAUCACCCAACUUUAUCAGAUCCACAGACGUUUUUAAAUAAAUCCUUACAUUUUCUGUCAGAUUUGGUUUUAAACUUUGGCUAAGUCCAUCCAAAAAUUUAAUUUUCUGUUUAUGUUGACCUCUAUUUGGAGUCUGUAAUGCUGAAAGACUAAAGCUUACUAAGGCAUUUUAAGAUUUUAGGUAUAAACUCAUGGUAAUUUCACAUGAGUGAAAUGAAGAUCUGAAGAAAAGUAACUCCAGAUCACGGUUCUGCCUCCAAUAUGUUUUAUUGCAGCCAUUGUGUUCUUUUGAUAAUGUUCUCAUGUUUUUUCGUCAAAUUUACCUUUUGAUAUUGUGGCUCAAACUUUAAUGCUGGUUUCAUUCAACCAUCAGAAGCUUUAAGCACGUUUGGAUGUCUUCUUUACAAGUUUUAUUUAUCAUUUUAGAAUAAAACUUCUGAGUUCAGACACAUGGAGAACGUUUCCACCUCCAGAGUAAAACCAGACACGAAAUUUACAGUUUUUGGCUCUGAUUGAGAUUCUGAAAAAUCUAUUUUUUUCCAUUCAUUCCCAUUGAUGCAUUGCAACUAGAAAAUUAUGAAUCUUCUUUUUUUUUCUUUUUUGGAAAACUCAUAAUAAUGACAACGAGCCACAUGCCAGACACAAGCCUACAGGCACGACCAGAAAGACGCACACACACUCCAGUUUAUUUGGGAUUUUCCGUGUUCAGCCAUCUGACUAACAAUCGGACUUUGGCGGUCCUGGAGAACACUCUAGCCUGAUAUUGAUUGGCCUGUCUGCGCUGAGACAGAUGAAUGCAUUAGUACCCAGCUCACCCUGCCACUGGAAAUAUAUUAAGUUCAUGUAUUAGGCACCCUGUCUGGUUGCCAUGGAGAUGCACCAGGAGCGCGGGAUCGGGGAGAAGAAGGAUGGGGGAGUGGAGGGACGAGGAGGCGAGUGGGGGAUACAGGAUGCGAUGAGGCAGUUGAGUUGAUUUGUAGUCCUACUCCCUCUUCGUUUAUUUCUGUCUGUCACUCGAGCGUCCGCUCUUACCUCCAUCCCCUCCUCUCCCUUUGUCUCAUGACUUCAGUUUCUUUUCGCUUGAAAAAAACUGUGUGAACUUUAUCAGGAAAAACAUUCAAUUUACACCCCAUCAAUUAAUUUUGUUCCUCUUUUGUUCUUCAUUUCCCCCUCUGACUGGCUCCCGACUCGCCAUCUGUCAAUUUCCACAGCUGUCUCGUUUAUUGAAAAUUAAAUAAAAUUCUAAUUUUACUUGAAUUUUCUUGCCAACAUUCCUUUUUGCUUUGUCCUGACACAUACCUAGGCGUUUAACUCCCCUUUUAUCUGCCCCUCUCCCCCUCAUCUGCGCCACCUCCCUCCUCGGCUCACGCCAUCUCUGUGCUCUGCAGUAAAACUGGUGCAUUGAGGCAGCAGGAAAUGGGGAAUAGAGACAAUAGAAUGGAGGAAAUACAGAAGAUACUGUCUGCUCGCAGACCCAAACACAAACCCCACAAGCUCAUAGACAUUUGGAUGUAUGUCAAAUAUAUCUUUAAGGCUCUCAAGUUGUUCUUGCAACCUGAAGAAUUAGAAUUUCUUCACAUGCUGUCACCAUGGAAGCUGGAUUCAAAUAAAAACAAAAAAAAAUUGCUCAGUUUGGAGCUCUUGCUAAAAAUAUGCAUGGCUGUUUUGUGGCUUGCAAGUGUUAGUUUGCUGAUUUGCCCCUCUCUGAGCUGCUAUAUCUGCUUUAUCAAGCCGCAAGUCAGCGGUCGGCUGUGCUCGGGUUACGUUGUGGGAGAAACUAACGUCAACAGCGUGGACGAAUGCUUCAGGAUGCUGGACCGCAUAUUCAGUACGAAUGAGAAAGUGACAGAGGCUGGAAGAGCGGCUGGAGGUUUAGAAGGCAAGCUGAAGGAGAUCCUAGAAGCAGAGAUCUUACCCAUAGUGACAGAGUUUCAGGCAAAGCGGAUUAUGGACACUGUGUAUGAAAGCAGGUUGCAGAAAGCAGCAGACAAUUUCAUUGCAGCUGCCUCCAAACUGCCUAGAGAUGAUAAGUGUAUACCUCCAUGUGGUUUUCAGAAUAUAGAUGCGGCGUACAACUGCGACACCUGCCAGUACGACUCCUGCUUAUUCCCACUUGACUGUCCAGUUGAAGAAAUUGAAGUAAUGGAGAAUGGAGGAAUCCAAAUGCAGUGCAACGUGCCAUUUGACGUACCAACUGAUAUUGAGGUGAUCUGGAGGUUUGCGGAGGAGUUCAGGACGCAGGAAAUGGAGCAGUUUAAGGAGGUGACUGCAGGACCCGACAGGCUUUACUCCAUUUCAUCAACCAGCUCUCAGCAUAAGGGCACCUACCAGUGUGAGAUUUUCUCAGGCACUCGAUCCAUUGUCAGGCUUUACUUCUACGUCACAGUGACCCCCCGGCCUGUGGCAGGCCACACAGCGCUGCAGGGGAUAUUUGACCUGUCUCUGCUCCCAAGAGGGCAGUUACUCACCGCGCCUGGUGCUGCUCCUCACUUCUUCCUCCACCUCCUCCUGUUUCUUCUCACCACCUGUUUAGCCUCUUCACUGCUGCUGCUGUUCAUCUCCCUGGGGUUCCUGUACUGGUUGUCAGUAUCGGAGGUAGACCAUCCUGUAGCAGAUUCGGAUGAAGAAGAUUAUUUUGGUGUUUCAUUGUUAGCAGUAUGAAAAAGAGCAACUUGUAUUAAAAAUGUACAUAAAGUACUGGAUAUUCUGUGAGGCAUUAUGUCAUACUUGGAGGUAAAUGUGUGUGUAACUCUUCUCACCACUAGAGGUCAGGAUACACAUUUUUAUUAGAAUAAUUGACAAUGACUUUCUGUAUGCAUACAGCAUUAAAACAAGUUGUUUUAAUCAAAGUACAACAAAUUUUAAAGUAUAACAUGAGAUGUGCGUUUGUGAAAGUAUAGCUCAGUUUAUGCAUAUUUAAAUCUACUUUUUAAAUUCCUAUGCCAUCUAAUAACUACAAUCAGAAAUAGUUUCUUUAAACAUAAUUAAAAUAUUGACAAAAUGGUAGGUUUACCUGGAUUAAAUCUUAAAACUUUUGCUUGCUCCCCUAUCAUGUGCAGUGACACACCAGUGUAAAAAUCUGGUUGUUUAUGUCUUUUAUGACCUUGUUUAUUUCUGUUCAUUUCAUUUUUCCCCUAUUUUGACAUAUUCCAACUAUAAUAAGCUUUAUUGCAAUGCAUGUGCAAGAAAACAAAGCAGAACAAACUUGUGGAGUAGAAGAAACAUGGUACAUAAGUUUCAAGCUCAUUCAAAAAGUAUAGAGGCCAUUCGAAUUCAACUUCCUUUUCCCUUUGCUUAUUCAGGUCACAGGUAAUGUAAUUACACACAUUACCUGUGUGUAAUUAAAUUUCAAGAUAAAGCCAGACAUUUUGUGAAAGACUUGGAAGAUUUUUUUUUUUAGCGAAUGUAGGACAAAGAGCAUCAUGAGGAACAAAGAGACUAUCAGAAAGAAAGUUGGGGAGAAGAAUAGAUUAGGGUUAUAAAAUCCAACAAUAUCCUACGUUUUAAUAUUGCAUACUUCAAUCCAUUAUCCACCAAAAUGUAAUGGCACGACUGCAAACCUACCAAGACUUGGCCAUCCACCUUGGCCAGCAGACAGCAAAACAUUAAUAUAUAUAUGAUAUAUUUUCCUUUACCAAAGAUAGUUCGGCUCAUCAGAGUUAAUAGGAAAAUGUAUGGAGUUAAAUACUGGCCAGUCCUGGAAAACAUCGUGCUAAAGGCUACUAAUGUUAUAAUACUAAGUUAGUCACCUUCCAGUAAUAAAAAUCCACUAAAUAUACAGCCAGAUAUAUAGUGGAAAGGUUUAAAUCAGAGUAGCACGUUCGUGGGUUGGAAUGGCCUUGAUGUUUGCAGACAUUUCUAAUCUGAUUUGACUGAGCCGAAGUUGUUUUGCAAAGAAGAAUAGAGAAAACCUUCAAUCUCUCAAUGAGCACAACUGGCAGACAUGUUCCAAAAGACUGUCAGCUGUAAUUCCAGUGAAAGGUGUUUUUAAAAGGUAUUGGCAAAGUAUUCAAUCAUACAGACUGAAUACAAAUAAAAGCUGCAAUUUUUAGGUAUUUAUUUGUAAAAAAGAAAACAUUUUUCAAAUGUAUAUCACUUUUCAUCCAUCUUAUAAUUAAGUGCCACUACUGAAGUCUGCUGUUGCAAUGUAACAAAAUCUGAACGUUUCAGGAGCUGUUAAUAUUUUUGCAAGGCCCAGUAUGUUUUCCUAUUUGUUACUUAUUGGUUGUGCAUGUUUGUUCAGCCAUGACGUUUGUAUUUACUAUCCUAAAAUGUUGUUUUCAUUGUUUUACUUAUCAGAUCAGUCAUAUCACCAAUGUAAGUCAAGGAGCCACAACAGACAGAGGCACUGAAUGAUAUGUGAUAACAUACAUGAGAGCGUGUGAUAAAGACAAGAUCCUACUAUAUAAAGUGCAGCGACAAAAUGCAUAAAAAAGUUACCGAGAUAGAAGUAAAAGUAAGUAAUUGUUGAAAGCUGUUGUCAUGGAACGACUUCAUAACCAGGCAGAAAUUUUAAUUGAAAAGGGAGAAACAAAUUUCAUUCACUCAGUGAAGUGUGCUGUUCUGAACUGUGUGGCCUGGAUUGCUUCUGGAUACGUUCUGUGCUAAAAUGAUAAGGUAUUUUACAUGUUUCACCAGUAAAAGAACGAUUUGAUACUGUAGCCUAAAGACCACCAGGGGGCAGCAAAAUACAUCUUGUCUUAUUGUCUACUCAAUAAAUCACACAUUUUGGAGCUUUCUACACUUACCUUGAAUUCAUUUUUGAACUUUGUGAUGAUGACGUUAGUUUUGCGUCACAUCAAGAUUGUGACCCUGAGAUGAUCUGGUUGCUAAAGGCAACACCCUUAAAACAAAACUGUAAAAGGGGAAGUACUUCAAAUGCAAAACUUGUGACAAAUGUGACAAUUCAGUCAUUUGCUUAAACAUUUUCUGCAACAAUUAAUCACUGAAAACUACUCGGCACAGAACUGCUGAAGCGCAGGUUCUGUGUCCCGAGACCUUGUCAGAGGUUGAUGAGAUGGAUGUGUAUGUGAGAUCAGCCUGAACAGAAUCAAAUAUCAAUUCUGAAUAAAAGGUGUUUUCCUUA